AUGGCUGUUAUUGAAAUUACAUCGCAGGAUCAGUUUACAAACUUGACUACCGUGGAGGCGGGAAAGAAGUUACUUGCUCUUUACUUUCAUACUCCUUGGGCUGAGCCAUGUAAGACAAUGAAUGAGGUGUUUGCUGCGUUGAGUGAGGAGCCGGUCAACAAGGAGGUGGUAUUUAUAUCUGUGAACGCGGAUGAGUUUGUUGAGAUCUCUGAACUGUUUGAAGUGUCGGUGGUGCCAUAUUUUGUUUUGAUUAGAGAAGGGACGAUUCUGAAGGAGCUAUCGGGAGCUGAUCCCAAGGAGUUUGUCGGGGUUUUAGGGCAGCUUAUCGGUGGCGGUGGAGUGGGAGUGGCGGGUAGUAGUGGUUCAAGGGCUGGGGAGGGGUCAUUGGGGAUGGCUAGUAAUGACGACGAAGAAGAAGAGACCGAGGAGCAGUUGAAUGAGAGGUUAAAGAAACUGACCCACGCUGCCCCUGUAAUGUUAUUUAUGAAGGGUACUCCCUCUGAGCCAAAAUGUGGGUUUUCUCGUCAAAUGGUGGGUAUUUUGAGAGAACACCAGGUCAGGUUUGGGUUUUUUGAUAUUUUAAAAGACGAUAGCGUCAGACAGGGGUUGAAGACAUUCUCUGAUUGGCCAACUUUUCCACAGUUGUAUGCUAAUGGUGACUUUCAAGGUGGUUUGGAUAUCAUCAAGGAAUACUUGGAAGAAGAUCCCGAGUUUUUUCAACAUACGUUAGGUUCCUGA